AUGAAUUGAAAUUGAAGAAAAUUGAACUCUAUGGAGAGUAAGAGAAAGCCAAGAAGAGGUCAACAACGUUUUAGUUUAAUGCGAGAGAAGAAGAGAAAGAGGAAGAGAAAGAAGAAGAAGAAGAAGCUAUGUCCCAUCAAUAUUCUUUGAAUCUGAAAAUUUUCCUCCAAUUUGCUUGGUUCCACAGUCAGGGUAGGUAAAUCUAACGGUCCAAAUUUGCUGACGCAUGGAAUGUCUGUACCAAAUGUGACCCGUAGAACCCUCACGAGAAUAAACCGACAUCGUUUAGAGACCAAGAAGUCCAACCAGUGAACCAGCAACAAAUUUGCUCUUUCUUCCUUCCCUAUCAGUCUCAUCCAAUUUCUCCGCAACCCUAACCGCAACACACCACAAUGGACGAUGACGUUUCGAACUCGUUUAGGCGAAUGUCGAGCCGAACUCGUAAAGUUGCUCCGAGAAUGGCUGCAGCUCUUGCAAGCACCGACAAUCGAACUCAGGCAGCUCUUGCCCGACUUGAAGCAUUGGAAAAUGAUUAUGUCGGCAUGGAAACGGUGGAAACUAAUGAUGAUGAUGAGGCCUCCCUUGAUGAUGAUGAUGAAGGAUAUAUGCAAAAGAAGCAGUCUAAGAGCUCAAAACGCAAAACGCGACAAGCAAAAGCGCUUGAGAAUGCUAGGAAAGCGCCAAGAAAUUUUCUUGAGCUCUUACAUGAGGCAAAUUUGGAAUCUUUGCCUCCACAUGUUCCAUCUUAUUUGAGGGCAGCAGUAGGACCACCAAGCUCUACCUGCCGCCGUCAUUUCUGCACUGUUUGUGGAUAUGCUUCCAACUAUACAUGUGUUCGGUGUGGGAUGCGCUUUUGUUCAAUCCGUUGCCAGAAAAUUCAUGAUGAUACUCGUUGUCAGAAAUUUGUUGCAUAAGAUUGUUGUAGAUACAACUUGACCUUGGACAUACUGUACUAGGAUAGAGCAGCCAGUACAUGAUUUAACCCAUUGAAGCAAGGUUUUUGACCACUGUUUGUCUGCAUAUUUAGUCGUAAUGCACUUGGUAAAACCCUAGUUAUUCUGUAGGUGUCAGUUGAGUUUUUUUACCCCUCCUUUUGACCAGCAUUGGCAGUGCAUGUUCCAGGUUGCUGUGCCCAUUUAUAUAAGCCGUUUUUAUAUGAACAUUUUAGAAUUUUACAUUAUGAUUGUAAUGUUUUAUGAAACUAAGUUCUGUUCGUAUAUCCAGUGAAGUUGCA